AUGCAGCUUUGUUUCCCUAUUCUGGUCAUUUUGUGUUCAGCAAAGAUCCUCAACGUCCUCGGAAAAUGUGCUCCUUCGACUCACUCAAUAGGCGGCUACUACCUGUCUGGUCACGUGAUGUCCACCAUGAUUGUCUCUAGUCUUUCUGAGUGUGUGACCACGUGUGUAACUAAAAUCCGCUGCAGAAGUUUAAACUUUCGUUUGAAAAAUAAGUCAUGUGAAUUGAAUGACGCAGGAAGACAUGCCCACCCAAAGGAUUAUGAACCGAAAGCAGGAUGUAUCUACAUGGAUGUGUCUGAAUCACCCAAGGUUUGUCCUUUCAAUAAUUAUAUUCCCAAUGCUGGUUCGUUCUAUAAUAAAGUUCGGAUGUAACGCGCGCUGUCAUUGGUUAAAAGAACGUUCUCUAUCGGAGUAUAGAACAUAGAGUUGAGCUAAGCUUUCACGCCAUCUGCCAAAUUGUACUAUGCCCGACUGUUUCCCAGUCUUUUUUUCCAGCUUUUUUUUCGUUAAUUGAAAGUGAAUUUCGGAACAAGGGAGACGGCAAAUUGCGACAGAAGAACCAAAAAAAGGUUUGUUUAUACGCUAAGCGCCGUGAUUUAUGUUAUCAUAACGUGAGCAGAGACGAAAAUCCUCAAAGAGAAAACGAAAUGGAUGAGUUUUGAAGGUGAUAAAAAUAAAGCACAGCUAACACUCGUACAGUAAAUAUAGUUUCAUGUUCAAAAAAAAAAAAAAACAGAACAAAACAGGAAUGAAAAAUAUGGCCAACUGGCAAAACUGUUAAAAUUCACACUAAUCAUGAAUCAUGCUAAGGUCUAUCGUGGCUAGCUCAUCAUGGCGAUCUCCGGUCAUCGCAGUGAAGAAGCCUCACAAAUUACAUCGGCCGCCCUUCGAGUGAACUAUUAAGAGCUUGCUCUAAUACCCUUUCUGAUGUGUUGAGUGGAAUGCCAUAUCUGUCACAGAAGGCAAGUUUUCUGACGCUGUUAUCCUGAGCAAUCUUCAUGUUUCUGUGGAUUCGACUGUCGUUCGUUCAUAAAACAAAAGCCUUGAACAGUUUGUUUUCUAAUUGACAUGUGAAAAAACUUGCUUGUUUUUAUGAGCUUCGAUUCGGCCGGAUUUCACUGAACAAGUCCCUUUCAGAUUCUGUGAUAGAGACUUAAAGAAUUCAGGCAAACGUGUUAAAUUCGACCUGCCGAACUAUUUCAGUUUGUAACCUAAAGCAGAUUGUGAACUUUUAUGAUAUGUGAACUUUGAUGAUUUGUGAACUUUGAUGAUUUUUGAACUUUGAUGGUUUUUGAACUUUGAUGGUUUGACAUUUUUGUCAGCUUAAGUCUUGUAAUAAAUCAGAUUAUUUGAACCAUUCUAACAAUGAUUCUGAUUGGCUUAUCGUAACGUGCUUUAUUAGGGUAUAGUGCAUACUGACGACGCUGUUGUUCGCUUUGGAAAUAAAAUUUGUUUUGAAAAUUGAAAAUAAUGCACUUCUUUCGUGCUCCAGCCGCUUCCUGCCCGCUUUACAACAAGACAGAACACAGGCCAUGCUUCUCCGUUUGUUAAUUAUUGUGAAAAAAAACCUAUAUUUUUUAAUGAUUUAUCUCUAUUUCUCUCUUCUGUUCGAAAAUUGAACAUGUUGAGAUCAAUAGUAAAUUGAAGUUCGACGUUCGACACGAAAAACAAACGAUUUUUUUUUUUUCCAAAUCGAAAACUCAGCAAAAGUUUUUAUUCGCUUCCAGUCUUGUGCAGCAAUACAGCAAGAAUGGUCUCAGGCGGAAAGUGGAUAUUAUUGGAUAACGAUUGGGAACAGAGAAGUUCAGGUUUAUUGUGAUAUGACGAGCUACGGUAAGCCCAAGUCAACUAAUUGGUUUCAGGCACGAUUUCAUAUUUUUGUGGGAAAUUUACUAUAAUUGAAUUAAGCCUUAUUUUCCUACUGUUAAAUAUCGAGGAACCGGCAAUGGUUUUAAAUGAUCUAACCUACUUAACCGAUUUUUAUCUAGAAUAUAAGAGAUGACUGAUUAAAAGAGCUGGCAAAAAUCCGACUAAGAUGAUAACAAUUGUUCAGCCAACUGAAAGUUAGGAAUUCGAACUCCCUGACCAUGCAAAAUCGUUGUUGUGGACGUGCUUGUUGUUGUUGUUGUUGUUGUUUUUGUUGGCAUUUUUUGCCUACUUUUCAGAUUUUUAUUUUUCUAUUCCGUUUAUGUGUUUCUACUUUUUUCUUAUGAACAGCCCUUGGCUAUUUACACGAGGUGCUUCUAUUAGCCAUGCAGUUAAAUGAUUGUAAGAUUUAUUUUGUAAUGUUGAUAUAUCUAGGUGGCGGUUGGACUUUGGUAGUGACCAUUAGCUCCAAGAGCAACGAUCACCUUCAAGGCACUGAAGUACACUGUUUCCAACCGACAUUGUGCGUUCCCUUUGUCGAAGAGAACAGCGACAUCGCGGCGCGAAAAUUAGCAGACAAAGAUAUACAAGAAAUGAUGUAUUUUGAAGGUAAAGCUGUGAGCUGGAUUAAAGGCGAGUCAUUCAAUAAAUGAUUAAUGUUUUUACUGUUCGGAUCAUACUGCCCAAGAAAUUCUCAGAUACAAUAAAAUGUUAUCAUAGGAAAAAAAAAAGGUUUCAACGUCUAUCAUUUAUAUAUAUUUCUAUAUAUGUUGGUUCACCUGGAGUUAAGAUCUCUUGGGUCCAUUAAAUAUAAUUAGCCGCGUUUUGCGUUCUACUUUGUUUAUUCUCUUAGUCUUUUUUUUUGCUUCUGCUGCAAAUUUCAAGAAAGGAAGUUUCAUGUACGGUAUGCACAUAGAGAGCUUGGAGAUAUUUGAUUUAUGCAGAUUCCAUUGCAGAUGAUUUUUCACCUCUAACCUUGACACGUAUUUUAUUUUCCAGGAACUUUUAGAGUUGAUGUUUUGAAAAAGGAUGUUACUUAUGCCGUUUUUUACCAGGUAUUGCUUAUGACAUGUUUGAGUUUAACUGCUGUUUCUUAUUGAACACCACGAGUAAUUACGUAUAUCCUCUUUGAAACUCAAUUUUAGAUACCAAGUGGCCCAGAAAAGUUUAACUCAACAUGUGGCUAUGGAACGUAAGUGCAUGUAAUAUAGAUAAAUUAGAGUCUGCCAAUGUAGACUGCCUUCCUUUCUCGCCUCGGUCAAAAUUGUGGUUGAAGUCACAAACACCCCCUUCUAUUAUCCCAAAGUCCCAAAGACAAUGCAAAAACCAAUAUUAUUGGCCCAGUUUGGUCGGAAUGGACGGUAAAAAUUUUUACUCUUGGUCAUAAAGCACUGACUGUGCUCUAUUCUUACAUCUCGUCCUGCCUGGCCUUCCCACUCAGUCAAUAAGUCUAGCCUGAUUAACAUUAACGAGGUGACCUUAAAUGUAAACGAUCCAGCAGCUAAAGCUAAAGGUUGAGGUGAACUCUUUAUGUUCCCCAUUCCACCAGGGUGACCUAUGUCAUUUUGCUUUCCUAAGCGAACACAAGAAUUAACUCGUGCAGAUGAAUAGAGUAAGUCCAAAAAGAGAGACUAUUGUAUUUUGUUACGCUUCGUUUUGUUUCCUUUUUUUAUCUUUGCUUUUGUUUUUGUCGAAUACAGGUGUCCACGCAUAAUCAUUUCUCAUUCUUAUCCUUAUCAAUGGGAGACAAACAAUUGUACAAAUAUUGACGUCGGCUACCGCAUACACCGCGGUUGCCACAGAGGUAAUAGAAAUGUUGAUAUGCGAUGAUGAGUUAUGAACUCUCGUCCUCGUCUGUAAUAAAACACUUAGAAGACAGAGAAUAACCAGAGACAGUUCAAAUAGGAUUCGCCAUCUGGUGGCGGAAUUAAGCUAAUAUAGCGAUGAAAUUUUGAAACUAAGGUCCAUGUUUUUUACUUUAAAAGUAUUUAAUACAAAAAUGGACAAAAAUUUCCAAUUCAUAUAUCCAAGACUUUGGUUGCAAUGAGAUGUGAGAGAUUGCGCCAAUUGAAGAAACACGUGAAAUCAGUUUUGAGGACGCUACUGGGAACAACUUCCUCCCUCCUCCAGCCCCCUCACCCCCUUAUCUCAGAAUAAGAAUAAAAAUUCCUCUUUUGGGCGUAACUAUAAGUGAGCAUUUUAAAUAUCACCCCUUUCUUCUUCCCUUUCUUAAACCACUUACCUUGACUCUUUUUGUUUCUUGUCACAAGUCUUCGACGGACAUGACGAUGGGGAGUGUGACCAUCCGUGGGGUUCAUCAAAAUGUAGGAGUAAAUGGCAAUUCAUUUCAGUUGCAAAAUCAAUUCUAAUCGAUAGCUGGUUAAUAAAUGAUUUUUAAACGAUUAUCCUCUAACAUCAGUAGCCAGCAUAUAUUCCAUCUUAUUCUCGAUACAUUUAGAAAGGUGCUGAUAAGGAUAAUAUGUCGCUAGUCACUCUAAGGGGCCAAAGAAUUUAGACUGUAUAAUAUUCUUAUGGUGGGAGAAGUGAUGGCCUGAUAGCAAAUCGCAAGUGCCUGUUUCGUCCUGCUUUUGGGUGAAACUUGAGAGGUUUACUUUAACAAUGCCUUUCUACCUAAUGUUACAUGACGAGAUGUAAGACCUUCUAUAAUAGAUUAACGUUUGAGUCGGGGGAGUACCAAACUUCGAUAGCAAAAUCAUGUGUUUUCAAAUAGCCCCUGACUCUCAUAUCUCAUGCCAUUCGAAAACAGACCAUGGAAGGCGAGCCUUGUAUGGUUAUCCACAGUGCCACGUCGAAAAUAAUCAUGGAAUCUACCUCAACAACUCAGGGAUGUUGUUUGUAAAAUAA